ACUAGCUGUUAUUGGCAGAGAGGUUUGGAACUCUCUUUCUUAUUGGUCUAUUAACUAAUUUACCAUCUGGUGAUGUCAACAGGCAGCUCAAAACUCCAUCCCACUAAAACAGGCUGGAAUUUCAGGCUGUCUUUUCAAACAGCUCUUACACUAAAAGGGCAUUGCUGGGGCUGCAGGGAGGUGUGGUAUGCCAGUGUACACAUCACUGGUUUCCUGCUACUCAUGUUGAAAUUAAGGGUUCACAAUUACCAUUACGAGGCCUUUUAUCUAUGGAUCCUCAGGUUUAGCUUUGUUAUGAAACACAUUGCUAAUAUACAGUAGCUUACAUUUAUUUGACCGUUUACAUGCAAGUGUAGAUUCAUUUUGGAUUUGUUUUUUGAUAAGCAAAAAUAUGUGAGAAGCUUUACAUAACACAACAUUAGAUUAGACCACAUAGUUACUGUAUUUCUCUCUAUGCAAACACAGCAGUCACACUUCCCAUCUGGUUCCACCCAGUACUCCACCCAACCUCUGGUUGUAUCAGCUGGUGUUAGUGCCAAGGCAAAUUAGUUGAUUUCCAUACAGUUGCUUAGUUAGUGAGCGUCCCUGAGCACCCCCAUGGCCAAUGGCAGUGCGUGAACAGUGUUUUCUGGGGCCUAUAUGUGUGAUAUACAACUCUAACAUCCAGUAUAAUCUCUCCCAGGCCAAGUCCUGUUUAAAAGCCUCAUCACAUUUCUGCUACUGCCAUUUCCAAAAGCAGCUGGGUUUAUUUUUGAAAUAUUUCUAUAGUUCAGGAUAAUCCUAUUUGAAACAAAAUGUAUCAGAAUAGAAGACAAUUCCCUUAAUUCAGUACAGACUGUAUUUCCAUUCAUGUGAUUAACAGACAUGAUAAACUGAAAAAGGAAGGAACAAUGGCUCUAUUGAACUAUGCUUCUAACAGGUUGACGGGCUCCUAAAUCGAAGUCAUAUUUGUUUACUCCUGGACUCCUAUGCACAUGCCCGCAUGCGUGUAUCAGCACGUACACGUACACACACACACAUUUACAUUCAUUUCUCACUCCCUCUAUCUGGCUUCCUUUCCCUGUUUUUCACCUUCAUGCAAGUACUGGCACCCACUCAAAGACGUGCACAGCAGGGCAUCGAAAAAAUGUUUCUACAGCAAUUCUGUUUAAUAAUUGUAACUGCAAGGUUUGGUUUGGGUCCUUCCUGCCUGCUCUACAGUUUCCUCCUUUCAUCGUUGGGGGGAGUGUGUGUGUGCGUGCUGGCACGUGCGUGCUUGUGUGCGUGUGUGCGUGCAUUUGACCGUGUGUGCGUUGCUGCUUGUGCGAGCGUGCAUGUGUGUGUGUUUAAGAGGGGGGAGAUGAGUUGGGCCCUUGUGCAUGUCCAUCUCUGCUCCACUGAGCCCCCCGACCCCCCAGCAGCUCUCGUCUCUCCUUCAACGUCUUCUCGUCUCAGCUCCUCUCCUGUCAUCUCUCGCCAUCGGCUGUCCUCUCUAACCAAUCGCCAAAUGCUAAAAACCCACCUGGUUCCACAGAGGGCCCUCCCACCAAACAUGUGUACAGAACCGCAUGCAUGAGUCUAUGAAGCUGUUCGACAGCAUCUGUAACAACAAAUGGUUCACAGACACCUCCAUCAUUCUCUUUCUCAACAAGAAGGACAUAUUCGAGCAGAAAAUUAAGAAAUCUCCCCUUAGUAUCUGCUUCCCAGAGUACACAGGCACGGACACCUUCAUGGAGGCGGUGCACCACAUCCAGUCUCAGUACGAGAGCAAGAACAAGUCCCUCCAAAAGGAAGUGUAUGCCCACAUCACCUGUGCCACCGACACCAACAACAUCCAGUUUGUGUUUGACGCUGUCACCGACGUCAUCAUCGCCAACAACCUUCGUGGUUGUGGCCUGUAUUAACCCAGAGGAAAGACCCAGUGUGUCCCUGGAUAGACCUUUCUCCUCCACUUUUCCCUGUCUUUUAUUAGCCCAAUCUCACCCACAUAUAAAAUGAAUUUACCUUUUAGAUUUGUUAUAUAAUAAAACAUUUUAAUUCAGUUGUAUAAAGAGAGACAGCUGUAUUUUAUGCCUCAGGCAUUGCACAUCACAAGGAGAAGUGAAAGACGGGAAAAAGAGAGGACUCUUGAAUGGAACAAUUAGUUUAGUGUGAUAAAGAAUAUACAUUGACAAUCACUCACCUGCAAAUGUAAUCCAAUCUAGACAUACAUUGUAAAUCACAUUUUCAAAGCAAGGAUGCAGAUAUUAAAUACAUGCAUUUGAUACAAAAGUCAUGUUAGUGGUAGAUUAUUUCUCUAUGUUUGGCAAUAUGCUGCAUUGAUUUACUAAAACACUUAGGCAGUCAUUACUGUUGUGUAACAUUGUGUAACUGGAAUAGGGUCACCACCAUAAACAAUAAUCUACAGUUUACAAGGAAAACUGCUCAUCCUUACCAACAAAGUAUCUCUUGUAAUUUGUCAUUUUGCUUAUUGAGUAGUAGUCAUCUGAUAUGAGAGGAAUUUGUGCCUUGACCGUUUUGUGAAACACUUUGAAGUGGGAAUUGGAGUUGAAGAGUUGGAGAUGUUUUAGUGGCUAGUGGAAGAUGGUACCGUGUAAAUAAUGUGAACUUCUGGAUUUUUUGGUUGAAAUAUAAUUUGUUGUUCCGCUUAUGUCAUGUGGGUUCUAAGAUUUUAGUAUUGGAAGGC